AUGGACCCAUCGGAUCAGGAUCGCGACCCAGUGCUACAGGCUCUGGCCACUCAGGGGGUCAGAGUGGGCCAUCACGAGCAGAUUUUGAAGCAAGUGACUGAAAGACUCUGUGAGUUAUCUGUUAAUGUAACUCAGCUUUCUGCUCAGAUGAAUCAGCUCGCUCAGCUUUCGACUAUGUUGCACUUGCCACCUGCGGGUCAACCUCAAGCAGCUGACCAGCCUCCAGUCCAACCUCCCACCUCUGCCGCUCGUGAGCCACACAUUCCCACUCCAGAGCGCUACUCCGGUGAUCUUGGGUCCUGUGGCCAAUUCCUCCUCCAGUGCUCCCUGGUGUUCGACCAGCAACCCAACACCUAUCAUACAGAUAAGUCUCGCAUUUCAUUUUUAAUAAGUCUACUCACUGGUAGAGCUGCACAAUGGGCCACAGCUGUUUGGGAAUCUGACUCCACCCUAUGUCAAUCUUGCGUUAACUUCACUUCAGAGAUGAGGAAGAUUUUUGACCACCCUCUUAAAGGGAAGGAAGCAGCUAAACGUCUGCUCUCACUCAGUCAAGGCUCAUCAUCCGUUGCUCAAUAUGCCAUAGAUUUUCGCAUUCUUGCUGUUGAGAGUGGUUGGGAUGACACCGCCUUACAAGGUGUUUUUAUGAGGGGGUUGAGUGAGAGGGUUAAGGACGAACUGGCUGCAUGUGAUGAAACCAACUCGCUUGAAGAACUUAUUUCCCUGGCCACCCGUCUUGACAAUAGACUGAGAGACAAAGAGAGAAAUGCCCCCGAGUCCUCUACUGGAGAGGAGCCUAUGCAGCUGGGUCGGGCUCGGUUAACUCCUGCAGAACGCCAGCGCCGCCAGCGGUCAGGACUGUGCAUUUACUGCGGACAAGCUGGACACUACAUCAACUCCUGCCCCCAGCGACCAAAAGAGAUGGCUCACCAACUGCAGCUCCCAUCUACUCUGUGCUGGUCGCGAGAAUCUAUCCCCCUCCUUGCACUAGUUGACUCUGGAGCAGAUGACAAUUUCAUUGAUUCAAACUUUGUAUCUCAAGCCAAUAUCCCUUUGGAUCCCUUAAAACCCCCCAGGGACGUAAAUGCUCUGAACGGAGAGAGGCUGGCAAGGAUCACACAUGGGUUAAAUGACAUUACUGUUAAAAAUAAGUACCCCCUACCACUCAUUGACUCAGCCUUUGAACCCCUUCAUCAAGCUACCAUUUUUACUAAGCUGGAUUUAAGAAAUGCUUAUCACCUUGUACGCAUUAGACAAGGUGAUGAGUGGAAGACCGCAUUUAACACCCCGCUCGGACAUUUUGAGUACUUGGUGAUGCCAUUUGGUCUUACAAACGCACCAGCAGUUUUCCAAACUCUGGUCAACGAUGUUCUUCGGGAUAUGCUGAAUAAGUUUGUUUUUGUCUAUUUGGAUGACAUUCUCAUUUUUUCCAGGGAUCUUAAGGAACAUGUCCAGCAUGUCAGACUCGUCCUGCAGCGCCUCCUAGAGAACAAGCUCUUUGUGAAAGCGGAGAAGUGUGAGUUUCAUGCAACAUCUGUUAAUUUUCUGGGCUUUGUCAUUCAACAGGGGCAGAUCAAGGCAGAUCCUGAAAAGGUGAAAGCCGUGGCAGAGUGGCCCAGACCCGAAACCAGAAAACAACUUCAGCGUUUUCUAGGGUUUGCAAACUUCUAUAGGAGAUUUAUCAAGGACUACAGCAGAAAGGCAGCCCCACUGACUCGUCUCACCUCUACCCUCACCCCCUUUAAGUGGUCCAGUGAGGCCGAAGAUGCUUUUGCUACUCUUAAAUCUUUGUUCACCUCUGCUCCUGUCCUAACUCAUCCCGAUCCCUCCAGGCAAUUUAUCGUUGAGGUUGAUGCCUCAGACUCCGGGGUGGGAGCAGUCCUUUCCCAGCGUUCCACUGGAGAUCAAAGGAUUCAUCCUUGUGCCUUCUUCUCUCACCGUCUGUCACCUGCUGAGGUUAAUUAUGACAUUGGUAACGGAGAACUUUUGGCUGUAGUUCUGGCCUUGCAGGAGUGGAGGCACUGGCUGGAGGGUGCAGAACAUCCUUUCAUUGUUUGGACAGACCACAAAAAUCUGUCAUAUCUCCGUUCUGCCAAGAGGCUCAACUCCCGACAGGCUAGAUGGGCUCUGUUCCUGGGAAGGUUCAACUUUGUCCUAACCUACCGUCCUGGUUCUCGGAAUAUAAAGCCAGACUCCUUAUCUCGUCAGUUCUCUCCUGAUGUCUCUGAGUCUCUGCCUGAACCCAUCCUGCCUGCCACAUGUGUGAUUGACAGUCCAGCUAAUUCAUCCGAGGUUGCUCCAUCCACUUCCCUGGUUGCAUCUAUUCAUUGGGAGAUUGAAAGAGUGGUUCGUGAGGCUCAGCAAAACCAACCUGCCCCAGAUAACUGUCCGCCUAACUCACUUUUUGUGCCGGAGUCGGUGCGAGCUCAGGUUCUCCAGUGGGGGCAUAGUUCUAAACUUACGUGUCACCCUGGUUUCCACCGGACCUUAGCUUUUCUUAAACACAGAGAUUCUGGUGGCCGUCUAUGAG